AUGGUCUCGCUGAUGGUAAUGGAGCCCCCUCCUAUCUUUGAAGGAGAUAGAAUAGCUCUGUCAUGCCAGAAAGAAAAGAUCAGAAGAUUAAAGACGAUGACAUACUAUAAGGAUGAAAAAGAACUAUCAAGCUUUAAAAAAGUCUCAGUUCUCUCUAUCCAAAAUGUAAAUGUGAGCGACAGUGGCAACUAUUACUGUACUAUUGUAGCAGGAAUCGUGAGAUGGAAACAUACUUCACAAAAAGUCAGUAUCAAAGUUCAAGAACUAUUUCAACAUCCUGUGCUGAUGGCCAGCUCCUUCCAGCCCAUCGAGGGGGGUCCACUGACCCUGACCUGUGAGACCCAGCUCCAUCCAUCAAGAUCACAGGUCCAGCUCCAGUUCCGUUUCUUCAGAGAUAGCAGGGUCCUUGGGUCAGGCUGGAAUAACUCCCAACAGCUCCUGGUCCCUGCUGUGUGGAGGGAAGACUCAGGGUCCUACUGGUGUGAGGCAGAGACUCCGACCCACAGCAUCAGAAAACACAGCCGCGCAUCCCAGAUACAUGUACAGAGAAUCCCUGUUUCUAACGUAAGCUUGGAGACCUUGGUCCCUGGGGGACAGGCGGUUGAAGGAGAAACGUUAGACCUGCUGUGCUCCGUGGCUGAUGCCACAGGAAACAUCACAUUCUCCUGGCACAGACAGACCACAGGGGCCAGAGUGGGAAAGAAGACCCAGCACGCUCUGACUGCCGAGCUGCGCAUCCCAGCUGUGCAGGAGAGCAAUUCAGGUGGCUAUUACUGUACAGCUGACAAUGGCUAUGGUCCCAUCCAGAGCAAGGCGGUGACUGUCCCUGUGAGAGUUCCGGUGUCCCACCCUGUCCUCACCCUCAGGGCACCCAGGGCUCAGGCUGUGGUGGGGGAUGUGGUGGAGCUUUGCUGUGAGGCCCCAAGAGGCUGUCCCCCUAUCCUGUACCCAUUUUAUGAUGAAAAUAUCAUCUUGGGGGAUAGCUCAGCCCCCUCUAUAGGAGAAGCAUCCUUUAACCUCUCUCUGACUGCAGAACAUUUUGGAAACUACUCCUCUGAGGCUGACAAUGGCCUGAAGCCCCAGCGCAAUGAGGUGGUGACACUCCCCAUCUCAGGGGCUAAUGGCUAUCGAAGAGACCUUGUCACAGCCAAAGUUCUGGGGGGACUGUUUGGCGUCCUGGGUUUCACUGGUGUGGCUCUGCUGUUUUAUUGGUGGUCCCACAAGACAGCAGGAGAAAGUUCUGCUACUAAUGCACUCAGAGGUGCUUCCAGCCUAAACCCUCCAGAGUCCACCCACUCCAGCCCACUCCCAGCCCUGGAGGAUCUGCAGCCAGAGUAUGUCAAUGUGGACAUGGAUGUGAUCUACUCCAAGGUCUGGAGCAUCCAGCAGGCAGAAGGACCGGGUGGCAUCGACAACUUUAAAGCUGACAACUUUGGAGAAGGCAGGAUUAGUAAACCAGCCCUCCUGGCCCACGGAGGGCCCAUGACCCUGACCUGUGAGACCCAGGCCCUGGUCCAUCCACAGAGGUCACAGGUCCAGCUCCAGUUCUGCUUCCUCAGAGAUAGCCAGGCCCUGGGAUCAGGCUGGAACAGCUCCCAAGAGCUCCAGGUCCACUGGUGCAAGGCAAAGAUGGUGAUUCACAGUAUUGUGCUAAUAAGAACAAGCCUGAGAGCCCAGAUACAAGUGCAGAGGGAGCAUCUGAGGGGCUAGGUCCCUGUGUCUGCUGUGACUCUAGAGAUCCAGCCCUCUGGAAGGCAGCUGAUUGAAGGAGAAAAGUUGAUCCUUACCUGCUCAGUAGCCAAGUACCCGACAGUAGCCAAGUCGUCUGUCACUUUCUCCUGGCACAGAGAGGGAACAGGAAGUCUGGGGGUGAAGACCCAGCGUUCCUCAUCAGCAGAGCUGCAGGUCCCCCCUGUGGCAGGGAGAUACUACUGUUCAGCGGACAAAUCCUGCGGCCCCCUCAUCAGCAACAAGAUCACAGUCACCACAAGAAUUCCAGCGUCCCACCCUAUCCUCACCCUCAGGGCACCCCGGGCCCAGACUGUGGUGGGGGACAAGGUGGAGCUUCACUGUGAAGCCCUGAGAGGCUCUCCCCCAAUCCUGUAUCAGUUGUAUCACGAGGACGUCACCCUGGGGAACGGCUCGGCCCCCUCUGGAGGAGGAGUGUCCUUCUUUCUCACUCUGACCACCAACCAUUCUGGAUACUACUUCUGUGAGGCCAACAACGGCCUUGGGCCCCAGCGCAGCCAGAGAGUGAGUCUCAAUGUCACAGUUCCGGCAUCUCGCCCCAUCCUCACCCUCAGGACACUCAGAGUGCCCAGGGCCCAGGCUAUGGUGGGGGACGUGGUAGAGCUUCACUGUGAGGCCCUGACAGGCUCUCCCCCAAUCCUGUACCGGUUCUAUCAUGAGGAUAUCACCCUGAGGAACAGCUCGGUGCGUUCUGGAGGAGGAGUGUCCUUCAACCUCUCUCUGACCACAGAACAUUCUGGAAACUACUCCUGUGAGGCUGACAAUGGCCUGGGAGCCCAACGCAGUGAGAUGGUGACACUCAGUGUUACAGGAACUCCCAGGAGCAGAACAGGCCUUGUCACUGGAGGAGCCAUCUUGGGGCUGCUUAGUGUCCUUGGCCUUGCUGCCACUGCUGCCACUGCUGCUCUGCUGUGUCACUUCAGGACCCAGAGGAAAUCACGAGGACUUCCUGCCACUGGAACCUCCAGUUGCAGUCUCCAUGAGUACCAGGUAGCUCCCUUGUCCAGACCUUCCAGGAGAGAGCCCGCCCACCAGGAGUCACUAACCCUCCCGCAGCUGCGCUCAGUGCACACCAGCGUAAAUCCGGAAGAUAGUGACAUAGUUUAUUCCCAGAUCUGGAGUUUCAAAUAUACAGCAGAAAACUCAGCAAAUCUGCCAGCUAUGCAUCGGGAGGACAAGGAACAUGAAAUCUUUUAUUCAAAAUUGAAGGAGGUACCCCACAAUGACUCCACAGGGCUGGCCCGCAGUAGAGACCAGACUUCUGAAGCUGAUACAGGAAACUAUGAAAAUGUUCUAUGUGCACCUCCAGCCUUGGACCGCUAGCCCCAGACCCAGCACGUCUGCAGAGACCCUGGGAGCAGCCCGUGCCCUUGCCCUGUUCUCUGCAAUCACACUCCCUCUCGCUGUCCAGACCCUGCCUCCCAGCCUGAGCUGCAGGCAUGGGGUCUGCACACAAGGUCUGCCAGUCUCCCCAUGCCUGAGUCUCGGUGUUCUCUGGGAUCAGCUUCUGGGCCAGCUCUGCAUUCUGUUCCCAGUGAAGACACAUGGCAGGGUGGAAGGGCCCUCAGCACCCCGGGGCUGUGAAAUAGAGGAGAGAGAAACAACCUAACUGGGACCCCCACCAUGACCAUUUGAUCUAGGUGUGAUCAGAAGCUCUUAACAUGCUAUCUCUGUAUAAACUUUGCUCUAAAUAAUUUGUUUCCUUUUCUGGGUAGCUGACAAUGGCAUUGGU